AACUAGUGUUGCUACGGACUUCCGGUUCAUUUUUUUUCAGAAAAAAUUCUGACCGGGCAUCUGAUUUUACUUGUCUGUAUUGCAGUCAGACACUUAAGAAACAUAACAACACAAGAGGAAACACAUUUUGGUUUCAGAGUACUCUAAAUUUGCGUAGAAACUAUGCCUUAAGCUGAUAAGGGGAAGGUUGAUUGAACUUCUACCAUCUGCACAUACGAUUGUUGUUUUUUUUCUUCACUGAUGUUGAUCAUGUUAUGUUGUAAACAUCACUAAAUUGUGACUGAAACUUACUUUAUUUUGAUUUUUAAAACCAUUCAGACUUAUUUUCCUGUGAAUAAGAAUGUCUUGAUUCUGAUCUGAUUAUGUCUGUUGCUAAACUAUACCACAGAUUGUCUGAGGAAGAAAGGAGAUCAUGCUGGGUGUGUUUUGCUACAGAUGAAGAUGACAUGGAGGCAGGUUGGGUCCAGCCAUGUAUGUGCAAAGGAACAACAAAAUGGGUCCACCAAUACUGUCUUCAGAGAUGGAUAGAUGAGAAGCAAAAAGGAAACAGUACUGCCAAAGUAGCUUGUCCACAGUGUAAUAUGGAGUAUAUCAUUAUAUUCCCUAAAGUUGGCCCUGUUGUAUAUAUAUUAGAGAAAUGUGAUAAGAUAGCCAACAUGAUUUGCCCAUUCCUUGCUGGUAGUGUUAUUGUUGGAUCUUUAUGGUGGACAGCUGUUACUUAUGGUGCCAUAACUGUCAUGCAGGUGCUAGGUAGUGAAGAAGGGGUACAUGUUAUGCAGGUGGCCGAUCCACUUUUUCUUCUGAUCACAUUACCAACUAUUCCCAUUAUGAUGAUUCUGUGUAAAAUGGUACGAUGGGAAGACUACGUUUUACGAUUGUGGAGAAAACAUUCUGCCAAACUUCCAUUCUAUACUAACUUGUUUCCUGAUGCUUUUAGAAAUUCCAGAAUACCUGCAGAAACAGCUCCUUUAUCUGACCCUAUUUCUAUUCUUCGAGUGAUGUGUGGUGCUCUGAUCAUGCCAACUAUUGCUACCAUUGCAGGCAAAGUCAUGUUUGGAACUGUCAGAUCUAACUUUCAAAGAACUCUGUUGGGUGGUAUUGGUUUCAUUGCUAUCAAAGGUGUACUAAAGAUUUACUACAAACAACAGCAGUAUUUACGUCAAGCUAACCGAGUUAUAAUGGACUAUAAACCACCAGAUCGUAUACCCUCACCUCCAUAAUGUCAUAUCAAUUGAACUUUGUAUCUUAAUUUGAUGUACAUAAAUGAAACAUUUUAACUUGAAGGAAAUGUUAUACUUAGUCAGUCACAAAUGGUAUCCAUUGUUUUAUUUUUUUCACUAAAAUGUUUAUUGGUAAAUAUGAUUAUAUAUUCAUAUCUACUUUGAUAUUUAUCAUAGAAAACGGUAUGAUAUGAGAGCCAUUUACUUUCCUUGGAAUUCUAAAAUGAAAAAUAUAAAGGUUUGAAAGAGCUAUCACAUGAGCCUGUUUUAUUUGAAUAUUGUCUUGUGUAUUUUGUCAUGAACUUUUCGAUAUAAACUACAGCCUCACACUAUAAUAAAAAGUAAAAUAACAAAAAUACUGAACUCCAUGGGAAAAAUUCAAAACAGAAAGUCCUUCAUCAAAUGGCAAAAUCAAAAGAUCAAACAAAUGGAAAACAAAUUUAUCAAUGUAGACAUGUCAAUGACAUCAUAUUGAUAUCACAGUGACAUUUCUGAAAUAAGUGUCCAGAUUAUAUGAUCCUAUUCAUUUGUCAAUAAAAUUACCAAAAAAAUUGAAAUUAUUGAAAAUUUCUAUUUUUGCAAUUCCAGGGGACAGAUAACGACUCUUAUCAUACCUUUUUCUUUUGUCUGUUCAAUUUUGUACAGUAAAUUAAAGUUACUGGAACAAAAAUGUCAACCAAUAUUGUAUCAAAAGGCUCAAAGUUUAUAAGGAAUUUGAAUUUAUAUCUUCCUAUAUAAAGGCAUACUUAGACAUGCCACUAGCAUCCCAUGGUAACUUAUUUUUAUACGUUUAGAUUAUAAAUGGGUUGCAAUUUCACCAUCAAUCGGUCAGCUAGUUUUUCUGUACCCAAAACCCUAUGUUGAGACCAAACUUUGCUCUUGCUCCUUAAUGCUGCGUUCUUAUCGGAGAAGAUUGGAAUACCAAUUUUCAAGUCUUUGGUUUGACAUGGCCGGGGUUCCAACCCCAAACUGUGAUACAGCAAAGAAAAUUGUCAGACCUUUGAAAGAAACAGUGUAUAACUCUGUUGGUUUAUCUUUUAAAAUUGUCAUGCUUGUACAUGUAAUUGUACCAUUCUGCAGAUGUUUCACUGCCAUGAUUGUAGGUUGUUUAUU